AUGGAAGUCCAAAGUGCCAUUCAGUUUCAAGGCAGCCAGCGAGAUGAUAGCGCCAGUCGGCAUCAGGGCAACUUGGUGGAGGAGCAAUUGCCACUUCCAGGUCCUGGAGGAGGAAAGAAGCAUGGAGUGCCACCCUCAACGGCACGAAAGCUGGCAGCCAACUCAGCAAUGCUGAGUGCUAUGAUGGUGAUGUCUGUUCGAGGGCUCUUUGGACAGCUCUCGAGCUUCAACAGCCUGAUCAAGGUUUGUGCCAAGUCUGUCUCCGACUCUGGACCGGCGGGAGCGCUGGCGGCGGCAGAAGGUGCCUUCCGGUCUAUGCUGGAGGCGGAGGUGCAACCGGAUACCAUCAGCUGCUCAGUUCGCAGGCUACAACUCCUUGCAUCCUGGCAGAGCGUGGCAGAGCGGGAGUGCGACGCCUGCGCACGAGCGGGGGAUUCGGAGAGAGCCAGGGAGUGGCUGUGCGCCAUGACGCAGGCCAGCUUGCAGCCUGAUGUGGUCAGCAGCAGCACCUUAAUCCGCCUGGGCGUCCCAGCCUGGAGCGGGGAGAUGUGGGGUGUGGAGCCCAUGUGCGCUGCUCCUGCGCCCCAGAGGGGCCACUUGCUGCAGCAGCUGCGGGAGCAACGUCAGGCUGUGGAUAGCUGGGCCUAUGCUGCGGCGGCUCGUCCGGGAAAAUCAAGCACAACGAGCACAACGGGCCAUGGAGAUGAGGUCAUUGAUGCGUGUGCACAGCAGGGGGACCUUCGCCAAGCCGGGCAGUGGCUUCGCGCCUGCGAAGAGGAUGAGAAGAUGGGUUGGCGGGCACCUUCGGCAGUCUUGAACACUUGUGCUUCGCGUGGAGCUGCCUCCGCUGCUGAAGGCUGGUUGGAGGAGAUGCUGGAGCGGAGGCUCCGCCCGAAUCUCAUCAGCUUCAAUUCCGUGGCUCGGCACCGGUCUGGCGGGAGCGAAGUGCUGAAGGCCUACGCCCGGUCGAAAAGCUCCGGCAAGUCGACCGACGCAGCAGAGAGGCUGUUCCGGGGCAUGACUGCUGCUGAGGUAGCACCAGACCUCAUCAGCUACAACUCAGCUUUGAGCGUUGCAGUGGCCACCGGUUCCCCCGCUGCCAUCGAACGCUGGGUGCGGCGCCUUUGCGCGGCGCAGCUGCGGCCCGACGGGGCGACCUUCACGACGCUGCUGCGCGAGGCAGGCAAAGAUGUGGAGCCUUGGGCGGAAUUCAAGCGAGUGGCUCCUCUCGGCGGGCGGUCAACCUAA